AUGUUUGGUUACGUCGUUGUUAAUGAGCAGAACUCGAUCGUUUUCCUUGACGGAAACGACGAGUUUAAGGUAUGUGUGUGUAAAUAAUUCCAACUUAUCGAUUGAUUCAGUCGAAUUUCCAAAGUUUGAUUCAUUCUGAAAUAACAAGUCGGAAACAAGAAGCGGAUUCUGCAUCGAGUGGAGUCGGCAGUUCAACUUCUACAGAAGGUAUUUUCUAGUAGAAAAUUUCAAAAAAAUUUAUACGUGUUUUUCAGAUCAUGAAUCAUUAGUUACACUAAAAAAGCAGCCUGACGUUGUUUUCAACUCUUCCGAGAUCUCUCACAUACUUCUUCCGUUAAUCCUCCUUUACCGGUCCACAAGUGAGAAGACAAAAGACCCAAUAACAGAAAUGUCAUCGAAACUCGGAACCAUCUCCAUUUCCAAAUUCUACCACAAUUAUCUUGUUUUAGUGUUUGCCAACGAGUGAGUUUUCAUAUGUAUGCCCAUAACUUUUUUCUGUUUCGAAUUUUCAGUGAUCGUAAACGCGUGGAAAUUUCGCAAGUAGUCGAGCACACAAUAGCCACAUCCUUCGGUCCCCUGAUCGCAUUCUGCCACACCGAUCUCACGACAGUCCAACGACCAAAAGAGAACCUCGCUGGCGCUCUCCGACAGAAUCUGAACUUCAGACCGCAGUGUGAGAGAUACUGAUUUUUGUUUUUAAUUGUUAUCAUUAUUUUAGCGCUUAUUGAUAUCAGAAGAAGAUUAUUCUAUUCGGAGAAGAUUGCGAAACUCAGAGACACAUUCUACAAAGUAGCAUCUCAAUUGGGCGUCUUUGUUGGGAAUAACCGGUUUGUCUCAAUGGUAUUCUCGACAGUUCUUAUCUUCAUUCUCCUAUUGAAGAUGUUUGUUGUUGUGCCAUGAUGAUAUUAUUGCGACCUACAACUCGGUGGAGGCAAACGAUGAUGUUUUGAAGGGACUCAACACAAACGAUCUUCUCAACAUUGUGGCCACAAUCUCUAAAUGUGAUGCAACAAACCGAGUCGAGCAGGUUUGUGCUCUUUCUCUUUGCCAUUUUCCCGCAUGACUCGCAAAAGUGCUCUCUGUUUUAGUUCUGGCUCCGCUCAACGGCUGGUCUCAUUCCAUACUACGUGAAUGUUAUCAGUGCAACAAUUUUCAAAAAUAUCACUCUGGUGUGUCUUGUGGAAUCGUCGGAGAACACUCUCAUCAGAUAUUUGUACUUGUUUUCAAAACAAUUGGAUCAGUUGAGAGUCAGUCAGGAUUUGAACAAGUAAACCCCUAAAAACUGGAACUUUUGAAUGGCAACAUGUUCUAGAGACCUGAAAGAAGUGCGAAAGACUAUAAAUGACGUCCACAUCCUUUUACUCAACAGAAAACCACUUCCAGACAGUUAUUGUGCGGCAUUUAUGAAAAAUCCGUUGAGAGCUUCUUCGUUUUUCAAGGUAGAUUUUAAAGAUGUCUCGUAAACCGUUACAAAUUGAAUUUCCAGUCGAUAUGGAACCAGAUCGAGUCAGAAGUGCUCCAAAUCAAUCGAGAUUCAGUUACUCCAAAACCCAGAUCGGAAUCCAGGUUUUCAAUAAGUUCUUGGAGAAGCGCACUGUCCACAAUGUCCAUGAACUCGUCAGUUUUUACCAGAAUAACCAUGGAUGAAAAGGUAAGCUUUUGAUAAACUUUUUUUUAACCAUAUGAUCAUUUUCAGACAUUGACUCAAAAAAUGGAUAUACUGCUAUCAUAUGGUCAAAAACAGAUCAACUCUUUAAUACAAGAACUGUGCGCAAUAAGCAUUAUCAAUGCUCGAACUUCUACCCUUCCUUUAUUCAAUCAGUGCUUGGAAAAAACUGUAAGACCGAAUACGGUCAAAUCUCUGGAGACGCUAGGGAUAGGUAGCAAAGAACAAGAAGAAAAGUUAGCCAAGUAUUUGAAACCAUCCGAAUUCUUCCUGGAGAUGUACGCGUACCGGGUCCAAUUCGAUGACACACAACAGGCAAUCACUUUUGUUUCAGGUAACAAAGAUUUUUAAUCGACAAUUCGAUAAAAUGAAAUUCAGAUGAAUACAAAGACGAUUUGAGAAUAAUGCGACAUCUUCGGCAUGCAAAUCGUUUCAGUUGUGACUUUACUGGAACAUCCGGAGAGCGGUUCACAGUUUAUUAUGUAAGAAAUAUUGAUGGAAAACGCUCAAAGUAUGUACAUUUCAGUUCCACUUCCCAAAAGAAACAACUUCCAACCAGAAGGGAUCGUUGGCAAAAAGCCGUACAAGUAUCAGCAUGACAGCCGUGUUUCCAGAGUACAUCAACAAGAAUUUGGCCGAGAAGCAGAGUAAUAAGUUAAUGGAUUGUGUAUUGAAACAGUUUUCAUAA